AGCAGAUGGAGCCCCAUUCACAGCGGCGGCAGCGGAGCCGCCAGAUGGUGGCCUCCUUCCUGCGCGACCCGGGCUCAGGGCGUGUGUACCGGCGCGGGAAACUGAUCGGCAAGGGGACUCUGGUGUGGAAUGUCUGGGUGUGACAGCUGCGGAGCCUUGGCUGAGUCUGUAGCAGGCCUGUGUCUUGGGUGUGGCCCACUGUCUGCAUCUUGUCUCCUGUCCUCUGCAGGGAGCCUUCAGCCGUUGCUACAAGCUCACAGACAUGUCCACCAGUGCGGUGUUCGCCCUCAAGGUGGUGCCAAGGGGCGGGGCGGGGCGGCUGCGCCUGCACGGGAAGGGACCUUCAUGGGGACACAGGUGGAGCGUGAGAUCGCCCUGCACAGCCGUCUACGCCAUCGCAACAUCGUGGCCUUCCACGCACACUUCGCAGACCGCGACCACGUCUACAUGGUGUUGGAGUACUGCAGCUGCCAGUCCCUGGCUCACGUGCUGAAGGCACGGAGGACGCUGACGGAGCCUGAGGUGCGCUAUUACCUUCUGGGACUGGUCAGCGGCCUGCGCUACCUGCACCAUCAUCGCAUUGUGCACAGGGACCUGAAGCCCAGUAACUUCUUCCUUAACAAGAACAUGGAGGUGAAGAUCGGAGACCUAGGGCUGGCUGCCCGGGUGGGGCCCACCGGUCACUCCCACAGGGUGCUCUGCGGAACCCCAAACUUCCAGGCUCCUGAGGUGGUGUCCCGCAAUGGACACUCCUGCAAGUCUGAUAUUUGGGCUCUGGGCUGCGUCAUGUACACGGUGCUGACGGGCACGCCCCCCUUCGCUGCGGCGCCCCUGUCGGAGAUGUACCGACGUAUCCGGGAAGGCCACUACCCCCAGCCCGCUCACUUGUCUCCCAGCGCCCGCAGCCUCAUCGCGCGGCUCCUGGCACCCGACCCUGCUGAGCGGCCCAGCCUGGACCACGUACUCCAGGACGAUUUCUUUACUCAGGGCUUCACUCCAGAGCGGCUGCCUCCACAUUCCUGCCACAGCCCGCCCGGUUUUGCCUUCCCACCACAGCUGGGCAGAUUGUUCCGCAAAGUGGGCCAGCUCCUGCUGACCCAGUGCCGGUCACCUUGUCCCUUUACCUCAAAAGAGCCUUCAGGUCCUGCAGAAGAAGGGACGGAACCUGACCACCUGGAGUCCAGCAAUGGGGACAGGUUUCCUCUCUGUGCUGAGAGUCCGGUCCUCCUCACACUCGGGACCCUGCAGACCAACCUAGCAGACCCAAAGGGGUGCUGGGCUCUUCAGGUGGAGGCGGCAACCAGGAAAAUGCACCUAUGCCUGGAUGCAGGACCUGUGGCUGCCCAGGAACCCCCAGGGGAGCAGCGGCCUGUCCUCUGGGCUCCCAAGUGGGUGGAUUAUUCCCUCAAGUACGGCUUUGGCUACCAACUGUCUGAUGGGGGCAGUGGCGUGCUGUUUCGGGAUGGCUCCCACAUGGCGCUGCGCCCCCAAGGAGGCCAUGUCUCCUACCAACCUGACCAAGGGAGUCUGUGGACCUUCGCCCUGAGGGAUGUCCCCAGCCCGCUGCGUGCCAAGCUGGCUGUCCUGCGGCUUUUUGACUGCUAUAUGCAGAGGCGGCUGAGAGAGGAGGGGACUGCGUCCAUGGCUGUGGCACCCGCUUCACUUGACUUCUCUCUGCUGAAUUUCAUUGCCGAUUCCCGGGCACUGGUCAUGUUGUUUAGCAACGGGACCGUACAGGUCAGCCUCAGGACGUCCCAAACGCAGCUGGUGCUGAGCGGGGAAGGUGAAGGCUUUCUGCUCACCCUCUGGGAGCUGGGAAGGCCGGGUAUGGGCAGCUCCUACUCACUGGACGUCCUACGGAGUUAUGGCUGCACUCCCGCCAUCCACCAGCACCUGCGCCAUGCGCUAUGCCUGCUCCACAGUGUCAGAUGAGUCAGAAGGUCUGACUGAACCUCUGCAUGUCGGUGCUGGAGACCUGGGCUCUACUGCUUCUGUCUGCUUCUGCUCUACAGUUGGCGUCCAUGGAGGGUGGACACAUUGGGGUCUUUGAUUUAUGGUAUGAGCUGGGCAGUGGCGGCACACACCUUUAAUCCCAGCACUUGGGAGGCAGAGGCAGGCAGAUCUCUGUGAGUUCGAGACCAGCCUUGUCUACAAGAGCUAGUUCCAGGACAGGCUCCAAAUCCACAGAGAAACCCUGUCUCGAAAAAAACAAAACAAAACAAAAAACCCAAAAAAACCAUGUUCCUGUAAGUUGGAGUCUAUCUCUUUUUGCUUGUUUAUUUUAGAUUCAUUUGUGUUCUGUGAAUGAAUGUUCUUGCAUGCACCUUUGGGCAUCACACGAGCAUCUAGCAUCUGUAGAGACCAGGAGAGGGUGUCAGGACCCCACACCACACCUCUGGAACUGGAAUUACAGAUGGUUGUGAGUCACCAUGUGGGUGCUGAGACUCAAAUCUGGCUCCUCUGCCAGAGCAAGUGCCCUCAACCACUGAGCUGUCUCUGCCAGAGCGACAAGUGCCCUCAACCACUGAGCUGUCUCUGCCAGAGCAACAAGUGCCCUCAACCACUGAGCUGUCUCUGCCAGAGCGACAAGUGCCCUCAACCACUGAGCUGUCUCUCCAGCUUUUUGCUGGUGUUGUUUGUAAAUCAGAGUGACCUGUAGCCCAGGCUGGCCUGGAAUUUGUGGAAUAUUUGUUUAACGAUGCAGAGAUGUUUUGUCUUUAACUAUGCAAAGAUAUGUUGCGUUUGUCUAAUUAUGUAAAGAUGCUGCU